UUCACACCCUUGGUGGAAUUCUUUUUCGGAUUGUUGAGGCACACAGUACUGAUAAGAUGAGCACCUUUGACCUCACAGAAAAAGCAGCACAGCAGAUACAAGGUCGAUUAUCAUUUGGGUUGAUCGGUGGAGCAGUUGGUAUCGAGGCAAGCGCGAGCAAUAGCAGUGGUGAGGGAAAGAAAGAUGCUGAAAAAACAACAGAUGAGAAAAUCUCGUACACCUUUUCUUCACAAGCGAUGGGUCCAGCUACAACGGAACCAGCAACGUUUACCAAACUACUUCACAAUAAUUCUACGUGGGCUUUAAUCGACCGCGGUAGUUGCAAGGCAUACAUUCCGGUCUGGGAACUGAUAAAGGAUCUGGGAUCUGAGUUCCAAGAAGCAGCUACCGCUGUACAAAAUGCAUGGGAGGAAAGGGAGGAAAGAUGGCGAAAAGAAAGCGAACGACUUGGUAAGCAGUUGACGAAGAUUGUCCGGAAAGAUGUCGAAUCUCUAACAGAGAAAUAUUUGAAAAAGGAUCCCGAUGAAAUAGGCUAUGGUUUCCUUCCGGACAACAGUGCUCAAUUAAUCAACAGCAGCUUUGCCAAUAAAAAGACCAUUGAUCUCAGUCGUGAAAAAGCUUACGCCUUAGCCCUGGAGAAAAUAAUGGUAGAUCCACGUUAUCGUAUAUGUGUUGUUUCCAUUUCUCCAAAUGGGAAAUUUAUGGUGAGAUGCUGGGAGGCCUCAGAGGACUCCAAGAUGACAUUCGCAAGCAGCAAAGGAAAACACGAAUUAAUUUACAGUAGAAUUGCAUUCAAAUGGAAGGAUAGAGUUCCUCAAAAGUAA